AUACCUGGCUGAGGAAGCUAUGUGUCUGCUGCACGAAGAGACUUGCUCUUAUCAUACAUGCUUUUAGAGACCAGCCAGCCACCAUGAAGAUCUGCUGUGGCCCGUUGCAUCCCCGGUAUCAAAUUGUGCUGUUUCUGACUGUGUUGACCAUGCUCUUCCUUCUGUCCUCUUUUAUUAAGGAGCCAAGCACAAAACCCUCCAGGUAUCAGUCUAUAAAGAUCAACGAAGAACGUUCCCAGGAGAUGGUACCAGAGGCCGCACACCACCAACCCAUCGUGGCACUGCCACCCGGCAUUCAAGAGAAGGGGACUACCUCGGUCAGGAGAGAGGGGCUGGGCCUGCAGAGUCAGGACAGAGAGGCAGCCAGAGCGGGAGAGGCAAAGAGGGAGUUGAAGACCGUGAGGACAGCAUCAAGGGAGCAUCAGAGCAAGUCGGAGCCUACAGCAAAGAUGCUUGCUCCAGAAGGGAGCAGCAAAAGAGCGACAGUUACAGGAGCGCUGCCAACAGGGCUGAGAAAGAGACCACCGGCCACAGGAGCUGUCCCAGCCAAGGAGAAGGCGGCCCAGGCCCCCCCUUCCCGAGCUUCUUUACCGGCCACAGGAGCUGUCCCAGCCAGGGAGAAGGCGGCCCAGGCCCCCCGUUCCCCUGCUUCUUUCCCACACCCCACCACAAAAAGAAGCCAAAGGCUGAAGGCCUCUGACUUCAAGUCUGAGCCUCGGUGGGAUUUUGAGGAAGAAUAUAGCUUGGAUGGGGGAGACCUGCAGACGACCUGCCCUGACUCUUUGAAGGUCAGGGCCUCCAAGUCACCAUGGCUACAGAAUAUCUUUCUGCCCAACAUCACUCUCUUCCUGGACUCGGAACACUUCAGCCAGAGUGAGUGGGACCGCCUAGAGCACUUCGGGCCGCCCUUCGGCUUCAUGGAGCUCAACCAGUCCUUGGUCCAGAAGGUCGUGAGCCGAUUCCCGAGGGUACCCCAUCAGCAGCUGCUCCUGGCCAGCCUUAACCCCGGGAAGCCCAGGUGCAUAACCUGUGCCGUGGUGGGCAACGGGGGCAUCCUGAACGACUCACACGUGGGCCAGGACAUCGACAGCCACGACUACGUUUUUCGACUGAGCGGAGCGGUUACUAAAGGAUACGAACGGGAUGUGGGGACCCGGACAUCCUUCUACGGCUUCACGGCCUUCUCCCUGGUCCAGUCUAUCCUCACAUUGGGUCAUCAAGGUUUCCAGCACGUGCCUCUGGGGAAGGACGUCCGAUACCUGCACUUCCUGGAAGGCACGCGGGACUAUGAGUGGCUGGAAGCGAUGUUUCUGAAUCAGACCAUGGCAAAAACCAAACUCUCCUGGUUCAGGCACAGGCCCCAGGAAGCCUUUCGGGACGCCCUGGACUUGAAUAGAUACUUGCUGCUCCACCCAGACUUUCUCCGCUACAUGAAGAACAGGUUUCUGAGGUCAAAGACGCUGGACACUGUGCACUGGAGAAUAUACCGCCCCACCACUGGCGCCCUCCUGCUGCUUACGGCCCUUCAUCUCUGUGACAAGGUGAGUGCCUAUGGCUUCAUCACCCAGGGCCACGAGCGCUUCUCUGAUCACUACUAUGACAAAACGUGGAAAAAGCUCAUCUUUUACAUAAACCAUGACUUCAAGUUAGAGAGAACGGUCUGGAAGCAGCUGCAUGACGAAGGUAUCAUCUGGCUGUACCAGCGCCCACAAAGUCCCAAAGUGCGUCCGGGGUGUGGCUCUCGCUGGAGAGCGGCGUCCGGUGUGACGGCCAUCGAAGAUCCCGGGGGACAGCCCCGAAACGGCGCUCGCGGCAGCAGCCAUUAG